CAUGGGGAUGGGGAUUGGGAGUGAGACCAAAAUCAGCGAGAAUAAACUUUCUAACACAACAGGAAGCAUUAGGAAGCAGGAAUUCUUUACCUGCACAGGACAUACAGAAGGAUCUCUCCUUGUUCCGUGUGUGGUGAGUUUUACAACAGGGCUUUUAUCCAUCAUAAUCACACAUAGACAUUGAAAGGUUUUUCUUAUCUGACACAAAAACAUCAUUUUCUUAGAAUUUAUUUGCACAUGUCAGCCUCCUAGUAGAAGUAAUUAUUUGAUCCUGAAAGUUCAGUAAGAGGAGUUUCUGGUGUUUGUAUUCACUGGGUGCUGUGAUAUUAAAGGUGACCUUGCCUUGAACUUUUCCUCUGGCUAUGCACUGUUGCUUCCUGUAACAGAACUUGCCCCAGAAAUACUGCAGGCCUCCUAAUCUGUUUCUGCACCAGCGCCAGCCACAUUUAUCAUCCUGUGUCCACAUCUUUACAUCCAUUUAUCUCUCUGACCAGUCAGUCUUUAAGCAACUUCAGGGGAGUUGAAAAUGUUUAUUCUCUGUUAUUUAUCAACCCCCUGCACACCAGCCCAACCCUUCCACCUUCCUCUCCCACCCCACAAUUCCCACUGCCCUCCUCCUCUGCACAUCUCACUCCUCCCCACUGAAUCCUUCCCUCUGCAGGGAGCUGCUGAGGAGCCUCAUGGUCCAUCCCUGGAUUCUCCAAGCACUGACUGCCCAUCCACUCUGACCACAGCCAGGGGCCACAUCCCACUGCCUGCCCAGCAUCCAUCCAUGGAGCUGAGCACCGUGUCCCCUUUCUUCACAGCACCAAAUGAUGGGCCUGGUCAGUGUGACAUCAAUGUUUCCAGCAUGGCCAUGCACAUUGUGACCCUGCUCGUCGGCCUCUGUGGGCUGGCUGGGAAUGGGGCAUUCCUCUGGCUCCUCCUCAUUAAUGCCAUCACUGACUUUGUGGCAUUCAACCAGGCCAGCAUCGACUUCCUCUUCCUCAUCUUCAUGGUCCCCUCCAGCCUGCUCUUCCUUGUAGAGGAAGUGUCCUGCUCUGCUAUAAUGCCCCCAAUGUAUUUGAGCUUGCUUUCCCAGCUAUCACUGUUUACCUACACCAUGGGGCUGUUCCAGCUGAUGUUCAUCAGCAUUGAGAGGUGCAGGUCCAUCCUCUGCCUGUUUUUCUGUGUUGGGCAACUGUCCAAACAACUGUUGUGGGUGGUGAUGAGUGCCCUCUUCUGGGCUUUGUUCUUUGUUGUCACCGCUGUCAAUCCCACAGUGACUUCCCUGUGCCAGUCACACGAGCAGGAGCAAUGCCAAGUGGCUCUCACCUCCAUGUACGCCCUCAACCUCUUCCUAUUUGCUGUACCCAUGGUUAUUUCCAGCACAAUCCUCUUCAUUCAUUUCAAGCCUGGCUCCCAAGAGCCACCCAAGAAUCUGGACAUCGUUAUCUUCCUCGUUGCACUCAUCAGUCUACCCCUCAGUCUCUGGUAUUUCCUGCAGCAGCUCGGUUACACGGUUGUGCCCUCCCAGGUGGUUUUGCUGCUCACCUGCAUCACCAGAAGCAUCAAACCCUUCAUCUACUUCUUGGUGGGGAGCUGGAAGAGAGCCUACUCCAUGAGGAGCUGCUGGAGACACUGCUCCAUGCAGAGCUGCAGGAGGCACUCCUCUGUGCAGUCCCUAAGGAAGGCGAUCCACAGGGUGUUUGAGGAGCCAAAAGAAAACACUGCCUGUGGAGAUGAUCUAACCAUGGACACUGGGGUCUGAGCCUGUUGAUCCCUUGCACUGCACUGCUGAAGGACCCUGGGACAGUGGCUGAGAGAUUCCUUGAGUCUCCUGGUCAGUAAAUGCCCACAGUGUCACCCUCCCUGUGCUGGGGCAUCCCCAGCCCCUUUCCAGGCCGCUCUGGGCUCUGAUCCGUGCUUGUGAGGCCUCAGCCUUGAGGAGCAGCCCCUGGGCUCAGCUGCUCUGGCGCUGAUCAGAAACACCCUCUGCUCCCAGGAGCUGCUGCUGUCCAACCACCUCCUGGGCCUUUAUCAACAGCCUUGGGAAUUGUUUUCCUUCCCUGAAGGCCACAGCAUCCCUGCUCUCCCACUUUCCCAGAGAGCUGCCUGCCCGAAGGGUGGCCAGGGUGAAACAUUGCUGUGAGUGACGCCCAUCCCUUGGGGCCUGUGAGCAGCGGCCCAAAAGGAGACCCUUGGAGCUCUCCUGGGCCCAGCAGCGCUGAGCAGAAGCUCCCUGGGAGUGGGGCCUCUCCGAGCUGGGAUCUCUCCCGUCUGCUGCCCUCGGCUGAUCCCCGAACGCCGACGGCUCCUGGGCCGAUCCCCCAGUGCUCCAGGCCCAGCCCUUGGCCCAGUGAGGAGAUGCAGAGGGAUCCCCAGGGAGCAUUUCACUGCCUGCCAGGGGAAUUUCUCACAGGGACCUUGCACUGACUCUUUCUGCCUCUGUGCACACACGUGUGCAGCUGCUGUGGCAAAUGUGGCACAAAUGCUGCUCUCUCAGGCGUGUUAGUGCCUGAGACAUCUGAGUGGGUCAGGCCUGAAAGGAAGUAUCAGGCAUAAAUAAGGAUAAAUGGUGCUAAGUGAUAUUUCUCUGCUGAAUUGCUAAGAUUAAUGUAUAACUGAAGCACUUCUAAGUUUGAGCGCUAUAAAGGUUUUGGGCCAUUUUCCUUUAAAUCCUUACCCUCACUGUCCUUUUUUCUCCGGCCCUUGAACACACACACAAACACACACACAGGGACAGCACUUUGGUGUGCUCUUGCUUAAUAUUAAACCUGGUUUUUACUGA